AUGGGCUGCACAAUCAGCACGGAAAAGAAGCAAAGUUCAGCAAUUGACAAAGAGCUGGCAAAUGAAAAAAGACACUUGGACAGGGAAAUCAAAGUCCUGUUACUAGGCGCUGGAGAAUCUGGCAAAUCAACAAUUGCCAAACAGAUGAGAUAUAUACAUACGGAUGGAUUUAAGGAUGAUGAGGUUAAGGAUUUUAGGGACAUUAUGCAAUCAAAUGUAUUACAAUGUCUACAGACUUUGAUUAGAAAUCUGGAACAAUUCAAUCUCAAUGUUGAGGAUCCAUUAACUGAUCGCGCCAAACAUUAUGCACGAUGCAACACCUUUGAACUGCCACUAGAGUCACACAUGUGCGAUGACAUCAAAAGUCUAUGGAGUGACCCAGCCAUCCAACAACUCUACGAAGAUCAUCGUGACAAGAUCAAUCUUCCAGAUGUAGCAGGAUAUUGCAUGAAACAUAUUGAUAGAAUUGGAGCGGAGGAUUAUAUACCGACACAGGAUGAUGUAUUGAGAUGUCGCCAGAGGACCACGGGCAUGAAGGAGACAGAGUUCAUGGUGGAGGAUGUAAAGUUUAGGUUGCUGGACGUGGGCGGCCAGAAGAAUGAGAGGAAGAAGUGGAUGCACUACUUUGACGACGUCCGUACAAUUAUAUUCUGUGUAUCACUUAGUGAUUACAAUAUGAAUCUGGUGGAGGAUGGCGCCACAAAUCGCCUGCAGGACAGCGUCAAGCUCUGGGCGGACAUUGUCAACAACCCGCUGUUCAAGAACGUGUCGAUCGUGCUGUUCUUCAACAAGAACGACCUGUUCCGCGAGAAGAUCAUCAAGGAUCCAAUUGUAAACUAUCAUCGCGAGUUCCAAGGCGGCAGUGACUAUGACCGCUGUCUGGAGUUCAUUCGCAACAAGUACCUGUCACGUGUCCCACCUGGCAAGUCCAUCGUGGCCCACGUCACCACUGCCAUCGACGUCGAGAACAUCACUGUAGUGUUUGAUGCCGUUCGCAGGAACAUCAUCAAUCAGAUACUCAAGAUACACUUUUAG